AAGACCAGAAUAUUUGCUCUCAAGCAGUUCACAAAGAAGACGGAUUUGAGGAUAUGUCUAACUUCUGGAGUAAUCUGAACCUACAUUUGGAGAUUUGCGGUUAAAUUUUGAAUUUUCUUUAAGGUGUUAAAUAUCACAGUCAAGAAUGUAUGGGGGGAACCCUGUCCCAGUUUUCCAAUCAAGAGGCUUCUCACCUGAGCCGCCGUCCCAGGGGCCUGGCAUGUCUCGUCCUAGUGCCAAAUCCAUCUACAUGCAAAGGAAGGAGUAUGCAGAAUCAAUCCGCAGACAGCAAGACAACUUUCAGUACAGAGUAGAGCACCUGUUCACCUGUGUGUUAGAUGGCAGAGAGGUGAGCAGCAUUGAUGACUGUGUGAACAGGUUGAAGAAUAUGGACAGUAAAGGGAAAGUGUGGGGUCAGGACAUGAUCAUGCAGGUCCAGGCGAACCAGCUACAGCUUUGUGACAUAGAGACCAAGGAGGUUUUGGAGUCUGUGCAUUUGAGUAGAAUCCGAGCGACAAGAGUUGUUCUCGACAGUUGUGUGUAUGACUCCCUCCUCAUUAUCUCAGUUCAGGAUCCUAGCCAGAGAGCCCCACAGGCCUUCCUGUUCCAGUGUGAGGAGAUUGGGGCUCAGGAGGUGGCAAAUGAUCUGGAAAAGGUAAUACAGCAAGGAGGGGAUGCCACACCUCUGCUUAAAGAACCACAAAUGGACAUCAGGAGCCAUCUGGAAAGCAUCAUUGGUCAGGGUUAUCCAGGAAGCAUGAAGAGACCAGCUCCCAUGCAGCCAAACCCUCCUCCCCCAGAAUUCCCACCUCCACAGUACAACAACUAUGAAGACUAUGAUGAUAGAUGGCCUUCACCCACUAUGCCAUUUCCCAGAGAGGAAGCGUCCUACAGGCCAGUGCAGUCUGAGCAGGAGCAGGCUCCACCUGCAUUCAGUGAUGUGGAGAGAGAUUCGGAUAUUUUUAACCAUGUAGCAGCCGACAUUGAGACCUUUGUAUAUAAAAUAGGCUCAGCUUUGCCAAAAGAAGAUGGAAAAAAGAAAAAGAAAAAUGCUGCAAAAAAAUUAGUUGCAAGUAUUCCCCCUGUGGAAGAGUACAUAUCCUGUCUGCAGAAAAUAAAGUAUGGCUUCAACCUUCUGGGGAAACUAGAUGGUCACCUAAAAAAUCCUCCUGUUUCUGAUUUUGUUCACAGUCUCUUUUCUUCCCUUGCUUUUAUGGUGAGUCAGUAUCCUCCCAACAUCCCUCCCACGGUGCUGAGUCCACUGCUCACAGAAAAAGCCCUGCACCUCCUGGGAAGAUCUGUCACACCAAAUGAGGACGUACUGUGGAGCAGUUCGGGUGAUGCGUGGAGCAUCCCAAGAUCUAAAUGGCCAAACGGGGAUCAGAUCCCUCCAUAUUAUCCCAAAUUUUAUGAUGGUUGGCAGCCUCUUCCACCUGGCCCUUCCCAGUCCCCUCCCGCCAGCAGGCAGCUGUCACGGAGCAACAGUGAGCGCGUCCCACCCGGGAAUGCCAUGCAGAGGCCACCUGAACAGGACAACAGACCCUGGAACGCCCCACCCAUGCGGUCAGCUGAGCCGCCAAUCUACAUGAGGGUGAUCUAUGACUUUAUGGCAAGAAACAGUCGGGAACUGAGUUUGAUGAAGAGUGACAUGGUGCAGGUAACCGACAAGUCUGGGCAAUGGUGGAAAGUGAAAAACAGUCGUAAUGAGGAGGGUUAUGUGCCUCAGAAUGUUCUAGAGCCUGCUGAUGGACAAAGGCCAACACAAAAUAUGAGAGGACCUCCAUCUCUAGAUAUGAGAUCUAGACCUGAGGAAGUCAAAGCCUGGUUACAGUACAAAGGCUUUUCGAAAAUGACAGUCCAGAGUCUUGGGGUGUUUAAUGGAGCAAUGUUGCUGGGAAUGAAACAGGAUGAUAUCAGAGCAAUAUGUCCUGAGGAAGGAGGUCGAGUAUUCUUCCAACUGCAGAGCGUCAGAUCGACUGUUGCAGUAAGUAAUGCAGCUCUAUUUGUUCAAAGUAAGCUCCCGCCUAUUUAUGGAGCACUUUUCAUUGUGGUGAAGUGAUCUCACAGUAUUCAGUGUAGUUUUAUACCUGACGGUCAUUUAAUGACUGAGGCGGCGCUCACAAUUGUCAUCAGUCUCCAUUUCCUUUGCAGCUUGCCAGUGAGGCUGAAUACAGCCAGUAUGGUGGCCGCUGAUAAUCUGAGGACACCGGUGCAUUUCGAUAGCAAGAAUCUGAACGUGUCUGAACCUGAAUGAACAAGAGCUAUUCAGUAAACUCCUCAGCAGUUCCAUUCAUUAGACAACAAGCCAAGGCUAAUGCCUACAGACUUGUUCAGUUAUAUUACCCUUCACACAUGCAAAUGAUGAAUACAUUUAAUGCAUUCAUUUUAUUUAUUUGAUGCAGAUUGUUCCAUUAAAUUGAUUUCCACUGAUGUCACUGUGGUGGUGGGCACUUGUCUAAUUGUACUGUAUUUUAUGUAGCUGUUAUAUGUGUGAAAUGAAAAUGAAUCACGUCUGUAACACUCUGAUCUUGACACUGUUUGCUAAUUUUGCACUGUAUAUUAAUAAAUGGUUAAUAAUCAACACAUUAGUAGGCAUAGUUUAUUGGUCUUAAAGUAAGCUUUUGAUUUUGCGGUUAAAUAUAUUUUGUUACAUUUAAUUUCCUGUUUAAGGCAAAAAUCCAGUUGUGGGUUUGUGUUUUACCUCACAACAGUAAUA